AUGUGCAGACUGUUUAAAGCAAUCGUGCUCUGUUCUGUGCUGGAAUUGACCGCGGUGUUAGGCUUUGUAUUAAAUGAAAAUGCAAACGUAAACAUAGGUACGGAAUCUCUUUUGGAGACGCUGAGGAACAUCCGAGACAAUGAAGAGUUGGCAAUAAAACCGGAAGAUUUGCGAGCGCACAUAGUCCAACAGACCCACGCACAGACGGACAUCCACUCGCCGUCCGUGGGAUUCAUGAUCGGGGUCUUCGAGCAGCUUCUUCAGGGCGACAAGAUGGCGACCGUUCUAGGUCACACAGACGCACAUACAACUCACAGGCUCCAUCAGGCCGACACUGUUCGCAGCUUUAGUACCAUACGUCUGGAAGACGAGAGCGUGGGUUUCAACAUACCGCCACUCCCGAACCACGAAACUAUCAGGUUGAUGGAGUUGCGUUUCCUUGGCAACGGGUUCACAGAGAAACGUCGACGUAUGACACUCAGGGUGCGCAAGAACAACAAACUAAUUCAUAAAUACAAAAUGUUCAUGAAACGCGGGAAAUCAAAGUUUGUUUUACCCGAAAGUGCGGCGUCUAUAGUAGAAGAUUACAAAGGAAACAUGUCAGUUAAAUUGGUGAUACAAAACUUAAGAGACAUGGCCAAUUUGGAGCCCAUUCUCGUGAUUUACUCAAAUGACAAUGGCCUAAUGAAAUCUGCAAUGAAAUCUUUAACGCAAAACUCAAAUGAUGAUACAAAGUUAAAUACUGCGUCGUCAACCCACAGGCGAUACAGAAGGUCAAGUUCAAGACAGGAGAAGAAACGUCGACGAAAACCUUGGCAGGGAAAGGUUGACAAUGCUGAGGUGUGUAAAUUAAAUGACUUUAAGGUAAACUUCGAUUUAAUCGGCUGGGGACCUUGGAUUAUUCAUCCAAAAAAGUUUAAUGCGCGUGCGUGUUACGGACAGUGUCCAGAACCCAUGGGUUCGGAAUACACGCCAAACAAUCACGUGAUGUUACAAACUUUGAUGCGUUUGAAACGCCCCCUUGCUGCGCCGGCACCUUGUUGCGUAGCAACUAAAAUGCGCCCUCUAAGCAUGUUAUAUUUAGAAUAUGACGACGUCGUCGUACGUCAUCACGAGGACAUGAUAGCAGCCGAAUGCGGGUGCAGAUAAUAGUUUCUAUGCAAACACAUUAACAAAUCAAGUUGUGCAAUGUUUUUUUUACUUACUUAUUGCUUGUCAAAAUAUACAUUUAAAUGUAUCAGUGUCAUAUAACAUUAUCAUCUUUCAUUGUGAAAAAACAAAACAAAUCCGCGUGUCUGGUGUAAUAACAGAAAAGCGCUGACCACAUCCGACUUGUGACAUGUAUACAUAAAACCUCAUGUUCGCUAGUAACGUUUGUAUACAACUAUAGUUGGCAGGUCACGUAACAAGUGCUAUCCAUUGUAUUGUUUUAUAUACUCAUUCUGUGUAAUAAUUGCUUGCCAUAAUAAAAUAAAUU